CACAGUUCCGCUCCCCGACCACCGGUUCGCCAUGCCCGCCGCCUCCGACCUACUCAUGGACCCGCCUGUAGAGCGGGAGAUGGCGAGCCGACCGAAGCCUCUGACAGAGAGGACGACGGUGUGUCGGUACCCCCCCGAGCCACCCUGACCGACAACAUCACGAGAAGUUUAUUCAGGAGGCAGUCAAGCUGAUGCUGGACGAAGCAGUGUUCUCGUUGGACAGGCAGACUCCAGUAGUUCAGUGGACAGAGCCGGACGAGCUCCUGGAGAGACUGGACCUCCAGAUUGAACGACAUCCAACCACUCAUGACAAACUACUACAGCUCAUGUCCGAUACCAUCAAGUACAGUGUCAAGACUGGACAUCCCUACUUCAUGAACCAGCUUUUCUCCAGUGUUGACCCGUAUGGACUGGUAGGACAGUGGUUAACUGAUGCUCUCAAUCCAAGUGUGUACACGUAUGAGGUGUCCCCAGUGUUCACACUUAUGGAGGAGACAGUGUUGGCGGAGAUGCGGAGGAUAGUAGGCUGGAACCAAGGCGACGGCAUCUUUUGUCCUGGAGGCUCCAUGGCCAAUGGCUACGCAAUCAGUUGUGCCCGCUACCAUACCCUUCCUCAAGUCAAGAGUAAAGGUCUGCAUGGAUUGCCACGACUGGUUCUGUACACAUCUAUUGACGCUCACUAUUCAGUGAAGAAGUUGGCAACACUGCAGGGCCUGGGUUCGGACAACGUGUACCUAGUCAAAACCGAUGCUUUGGGCAGGAUGGAUGUGGAGGAUCUCAAGGCUCAGAUUCAAAGGACACUAAAGGAGGGUGCCAAGCCUUUCAUGGUCUCUGCUACUGCAGGUACAACAGUUCUGGGGGCAUUUGACCCACUGGUAGCCCUAGCUGAUGUAUGUGAGGCUCAUAAGCUGUGGUUACAUGUGGAUGCCGCCUGGGGAGGUGGCGCACUCAUGUCUCGCAGGCAUAGACAUCUUCUUAACGGCAUCCAAAGGGCAGAUUCAGUGACAUGGAACCCCCACAAGUUGCUGACAGCUCCUCAGCAGUGCUCCACAUUCCUGACCCGACACACGGAUCUGCUGGGUCCCUGUCACUCUGCCGGAGCCACCUACCUCUUCCAGAAGGACAAGUUCUACGACACAAAAUAUGACACUGGUGACAAACAUGUCCAGUGCGGCCGCCGAGCUGACGUGCUCAAGUUCUGGUUCAUGUGGAAAGCCAAGGGCUCAGAUGGGUUUGAAGCUCACAUAGACAGGGUGUUCGACAAUGCUCAAUAUCUGACGGAACAGAUCAGGCAUCGCCCAGGGUUCAAGCUGGUCCUGGACAAACCGGAGUGUACCAACGUCAGCUUUUGGUACAUCCCUCCCAGCCUGCGCGGCCAGGACACAGCUCCUGAUUAUCACCAGAGGCUGCAUAAGGUGGCACCUAAAAUCAAAGAGCGUAUGAUAAAGGAGGGCACUAUGAUGAUAACCUACCAGCCCCUGCAUGAUCUGCCCAACUUCUUCCGCAUGGUGAUGCAGAACUCCGGCCUUGAGCAUGCUGACAUGGACUUUGUCAUCCGAGAGAUAGAGAGGCUAGGGGCUACGCUAUAACCGUUCCCAUUCAGUAUUCUAUUGUGAUAUCCAAUAUAGCAUUUAAGAUGCUUCUAGAAUAUUAGUAUUUAUUGAAAAAAUAAAUUAAGUAAUAAAACUAUUUAAAUUAUUA